AUGGCCAACAAAACUCGUCCUAAAAAGGUGAAGGCUCCAUACCGCAAAUACGUUGGCGGCCAAGGGUUUGUACGUACGCUGGGCUUCACUGCUAACUCGGCUGACGAAGAACAACGGAGCAAAACCAGUGGUGAAAUCACUCAUACACCGCAAGGCACCUACUACUACGACAAGGAAACCGAUUCAGUAGUGCAUUUGAGCGUAAAUGUAGCUAAUUCCGUGACUGGUGUGGAAUCUGCUGAGGCAGAAUUGGAAGAUGGCAGUGUGGAUGCAGUUCUGCCGUUAGAAUUGUUCGAGCUAAUACUGAAUUUCUGUACAGUUAUCGAACCGCAAUUUUUACGAGUGUGUCGAAGUUGGUACCACAUAUCUGCUCCACUACUUUAUGCCGCCCCACAACUUCAUAGCCGCAAUUUUGGCCAGUUUGUUGAUACAGUGAUCAACAACCGUAAAAAAAGGUUGGGAGUGUACGUCAAGGACCUGGAUUUGUCUAAUAUCAUUCAGAGUGGUAAGAAUUCAUAUGUUUCAAAGCUUCUGCGACGCUGCAGUCCGAUCUUAAGAAGUUUCACGGCACCACAAACCAGUUUCGGAUACGCCCCGCUGAUCAGCUUGAAAUCCUGCCAGCAAUUACAGUAUUUGGACCUGGGACUCGUUUCAGAGACCGUCCAGCUAAGCGAAUUGUUUAGCGCCAUAAAGCGAUUUGCACAUCUAACGCAUUUGUCGUUUCCCAGAAGCUCCAUCGAUUGUUCCGGGUUUCGUGAGUUCGAAUGGCCACCUAAUUUACGAUAUCUUAGACUUAGUGGCGGGAUUACCAACGAGUUUGUGAGAGAAACCAGUUUCCCAAGAACAAUCAGGACGCUGGAGUUCUCGUUUUGUCCACAAAUAAAUGAACAUUCUGUUUACACGGUUCUUGCGAGAAUUGGUGAUAUACUGAAGCACCUUUAUUUUCACUACCCGAUGCCAACUCUACACGGCAGUUCGCUGGACUUUGUAUUUCGAUAUUGUCCCAAUCUGAUUACACUGCAAAUGACUGUGGACUACUGUUCCAAGUGGGCCUUUUCGGAAAACAUACUAACAUUUUCAUCCACUCCCCGCCCACUGCGUAAGUUGCUGCUCGAAUGCAGUGGAAAUCUGGGCCAGACCUUCAAAGUUCAUCCUGACGACAUCACCAUAGCGUUAGCAGAAGAUCGACUGCCGAACCUCAAAGUUGUGCGGGUCUCAUCGAAGCUCGGCUGGGAUAUGAAAAGUUCAGAUGUUAGCGAUCUCAUUUCCUACCUGGAGGAUCAAGAUGGCAGUUUGUAUAUAAACUACUAA